UGCGUCACACAACAUCAAAUGUCAUAAUUCAAGGAUCAACAGUCAGGCUAUAAUAUGGCAGGAAUAAACAACGAUUGUACAAACAGUUACCAAGAAUCAACGCUGACAUCCUUACUGAAACGUAGUAUUAAAGCCAAGGAACAUUCUCAUUCGCCAUACAGUAAGUUUCGUGUCGGCGCAGCUUUGCUGACUGACACUGGAGAGAUCAUCGAUGGUUGUAACGUGGAAAAUGCAAGUUACGGAUUGACGAUUUGUGCUGAGAGAACUGCCCUAGUAAAGGCCGUGAGUAUGGGCUUUAAAAAAUUCCCUGCCAUUGCCAUCACAACUGAUAUGGAGGAAUUUAUCGCUCCUUGCGGAGCCUGCAGACAAGUUAUAGCGGAGUUUGGAUUGGAGUGUGACGUGUACCUUGUUAAGUCAGACUUGUCUUACAAGAAAUUGAGUGUUUCAGAGCUGUUACCAAUGGCGUUCACAUCUGAAGAUUUGGAGAGAGCAAAUAUGAAGAAAUAGCAUCUAAUCAUGAAUGUUUUUCUUACAAACUGAACUUCAGCUAUAAAGCUGACGUUGCGCAACGUUGAUCAACGCACGUGGUGGGGCUGUGCAUUGUCAUGCCCAAGCUCUUGCCGAAAACGGCAAAUAUGAUCGAUGGUUUUAUAAAAUUUCCCUUCAGUGCAAGACUGCACAUGGAAACUACUCACAAAAUGUUGGGGAAAAUACACGCAGAUACAACGAGGCGUCUGUCACAUCGCUUGAAAUCAUCACGCAACGCCAUUCCUUGCCCGGCGAACUAAAGAGGGACUGGGUUCGACAGAGACUGGAAAAUAAAAUAAUUGUGGUGUAUUGUGAAGACAGUCAAACCUGUAUUAUCGUUCACCCACUGUUUAGUGGGAAGUAAACUAACGGAAGUUCACAAGAUAGUGAAGAUUUCCUGGGCCAGAGAGGGCCUAAUUUAUAGUCUUCUCUGUGUUGUUUUAAGACAUUAAUGUAGUCUGCUUCUCUGCAGUUUUAGGUUUUAGUUUCACUAAUUAUACACUAUAUAUAUCUAUAUAUCAGCUCCCUUUUAUUAAAAAAGAGGUCCAAACUACACCAAAAUAUUUUGCCUCCCUCUUCAAGCAAGUAAGGAGCAAUCUUUGCUUCUUUAGCUCCCUUUUUUAGUAUCUCAGGACCCUCAACAGAAAACCAGUUGACCAGCAACAGGUGACUGUCCUAUUUAAAGAACUUUUUAUUAAAUAUGGGAGGGUCAGGCAGCAAAAAAAGAAUUUCAUUAUGGUAAUGGAAGACUUAUCAGGGUCAACAUAAUGCCCACAAAGUCGUAUUAAUACAAAUACAGGGGCAGAUCGAGGAUUUUUCUUAGGAGGAAGUGCACCACUAAGGAAUGGCGUAACUGACUGGUGAGGUAAACAAACUUUAAAAGCAAAUGCGAAGAAGAAGGCUUCAUCUCAGGAGGGGGGUGUGCACCCCCUGCAUCGUCCCCCUAGAUCUGCCCCUGAAAUAUUCUCUGAUAAAAAAAAAGAUGACACUGCCAAAAUUACCGUCUAUGGUCUCCCUAGAGUAAAUUAGCUAUUGUGAAUUUCUUGAUUAGAGAACCUGUGACCAUUUUUGAUGAAAAAACAAGGACAGUAAGACUGUGCUCUGGAUUCUGGUAACAUUUGGGUUUCUUUUUCAGACAGUUUUUAACAAGUAUUCCCCUCACUUUUUACUGGCUCUUUCCUCCCCCCAACCCCCUCCCUGAGGUUUUUAAGUGAGAUAAUUUUGAGUGAACUUAGGUCAUUUACCCUAUAGUGUUUAGGUCAAACAAGCUAACUAAAAUAACCUAUAGCCGUGCAAAUCUUGUUUUAACACCCCAAGAUGAUGAGAAGUGACAUCAAAGAGACAUCCAUAUGCCACAUUGACUCUUACCCCCUAAGAAUUAUUCCCGGUAAUGGCCUAUGUGGAGAGGCCAGUUAUAGCAGUAUGUCUAAAGUGUACUUCUUCAAUAAAAGGUAUUCAAAACA